AUGUUAAAAUCAAUUUUGGGUGAUCCAAAUGUUAUGACAUUUCAAGUUCCGUCUUUUUUGAGAAGAAAAGCCAACCCUAAAAAUGUUGUUUCCAUCAUACUGGGAGGAGGUUCUGGUGUUCAACUUUUUCCUCUUACCAAACGAGCUGCUACACCAGCUGUUCCUGUUGGUGGAUGCUACAGGCUUAUAGACAUUCCAAUGAGCAACUGCAUCAACAGCGGGAUCAACAAAGUAUUUGUAUUGACACAGUUCAACUCAGCAUCCCUUAACCAUCAUAUCUCUCGCACCUAUUUUGGAAAUGGCAUCAACUUUGGAGAUGGAUACGUAGAGUUUUGCUGUUUUUUAUAUUGCUUUUGGUUUUUUGUUUAUUUAGUUUUUUGCUUAUGUCUCCUUGAACUCUUGUGUAUUCAGGUUAUUGCUGAUAAUGUUGGUGAUAAUGUUGGUGAUAUUGCCGGUAUGGGAUCCGAUCUAUUUGGUUCAUAUGCAGAGGCAUCUUGUGCUGCCCUUGUUGUUGCUUCCAUCUCUUCUUUUGGGAUAAAUCAUGAGUUCACUGCCAUGUUGUUCCCUCUCAUCAUCAGUUCUGUGGGCCUCCUUGUUUGUUUGCUCACCACCUUAUUUGCAACCGACUUUUUUGAGAUCAAACUUGUAAAGGAAAUUGAGCCAGCAUUGAAAAAACAGCUUGUUAUUUCAACAAUACUGAUGACUGUUGGAAUUGCAAUUGUUAGUUGGAUAGCACUCCCAUCUACCUUCACCAUCUUCAAUUUUGGAGAGCAGAAAGUUGUCAAGAACUGGCAGCUAUUCUUGUGUGUUUCUGUUGGUCUUUGGGCAGGGCUUAUCAUUGGAUUUGUUACUGAAUACUAUACCAGCAAUGCAUACAGCCCUGUGCAAGAUGUUGCUGAUUCCUGCAGGACUGGUGCUGCUACCAAUGUUAUCUUUGGUCUUGCCUUGGGAUACAAGUCUGUUAUCAUUCCAAUUUUUUCCAUUGCAAUUAGUAUUUUUGGAAGUUUCAGUUUUGUUGCUAUGUAUGGUGUUGCUGUUGAUGCACUUGGAAUGUUGAGUACUAUAGCAACCGGAUUAGCCAUCGAUGCAUAUGGUCCAAUCAGUGACAAUGCCGGAGGUAUUGCUGAGAUGGCUGGAAUGAGUCACAGAAUUCGUGAGAGAACCGAUGCUCUUGAUGCUGCAGGAAACACAACUGCUGCCAUUGGAAAGGGGUUUGCUAUUGGUUCUGCCGCCCUUGUGUCUUUGGCCCUUUUUGGUGCCUUUGUGAGCCGUGCUGGUGUUACAACCGUCGAUGUCCUGACUCCCAAGGUUUUCAUUGGUCUGAUUGUGGGCGCCAUGCUCCCUUACUGGUUUUCUGCCAUGACCAUGAAGAGUGUCGGAAGUGCAGCAUUGAAGAUGGUUGAGGAAGUUCGCAGGCAAUUCAACACGAUUCCUGGAUUGAUGGAGGGAACUGCGAAACCUGACUAUGCCACAUGUGUGACAAUCUCCACCGACGCUUCCAUUAAAGAAAUGAUCCCACCUGGUGCCCUUGUUAUGCUAACACCCCUUAUUGUUGGGAUCUUUUUUGGUGUUGAAACACUUUCUGGUGUCCUUGCCGGAUCAUUGGUUUCUGGUGUACAGAUUGCCAUCUCUGCAUCCAACACUGGCGGUGCUUGGGACAAUGCCAAGAAGUACAUCGAGGAACAUCCCACGUCUUUAAUCAAUUUAGGCACACCUUCACAUUCAAAAGCAACUUCACGAAGCAAUGCGAGCUGCUACCGAGGCUGCAAAAGCUGCUACCGAGACUGCACAAAGGAUGGAGAGGGAGAUGAAUGCUUGGAAGGAAUUUAUGAUGAAGAAAUUUGACACUUCAACUUUUGUAUCACAUUCUCAUCAUUAUGAUGACGAUUUGGAUGAUCAAUCAUUAGAUGAAGAUUGAUCUUGUACUUUUAGUAGAACGAAUUAAUCUCGGAUGUGAUUACUUUUUGUGUAUGUUUUUUGAAAGUUAAUGUGGGUAGAACUUUUGUAGUUACUUUCACGAAUGUUUAAAAUUGUUUCCAAAUGUUUUACCAUAAAUA